AUGUUGAACUCCGAAGACGUCUUAUUACCAGCUGCUCAUUUGCAGCAACCUUCUUCCCGCACCGCUCCUCAGCCUCAACCACCAAAUGCUGUUGCUGGUGCUGGUGCUGGUGGUGAUGUUGGUCUAGAGGAGUACUCUCCUAUGAGCGUGGGCCGGCGGGUGCAGCAGCAGCAACUCAGUGCUAUAGUUGAUGCCUCGCCGAGAAUAGGGUCUAGCGGCGUCCUAUGUUCGUCUCCUGCUGAUGCUUCUGCGGGGGCAGCGGCAGGUGCUCCUGCUGCUUCGGCGCCGAAGAAAAGCAAGCGUUUUUCUCGCUUCAAGAAGAAGGGGUCGGAGAUGCUUGACACCGCCUUUGCUCGCCAUGGGAUGAUCGUUUACGAUCAUGCAUGGAAGUUUAUUAUUGGAUUUGCUUUGCUAAGUGCAAUUAUGGCCUUGGGGAUUUUCUUUAGGAAAAACGAAUUUGACAUGUAUCGGUUGUAUAGCUACCCAGGGGCCCCCAGCCACAACGUAAGGCAACUGCUGGAGUCGACAUUUAGUCCUCAGCGCUUUAAUUACUUCUUUGUGACUCGCGACGACAACAUUCUCACCAAGGAAGGCAUGCAGCAAGUGAGCAACUUGGUGGAAGCGGUAAAGCAGCUCACGGUGACGCGGCAAGAGGUGGUAACAGACGAGUACGGCAACGAGUUGGAUGCAAACUCGCAGCUUCCUGACACUUUACCUGAGGUGCUUACUUACGAGGAUUUGUGUGUAAGAGAUGCAUGGGACGACUGCAGCAUUUUAUCGGUACUGGAGUUGUAUUCUUCAGAACGGCAGUGGGGUCGGCCGCUGACGACGCGCGAGUGGCCUCUUGCAGUAAACAUACACUCCAGAAAGGCAUUUCAUCUUGAAUCACUUCUAGGAGAUAUGCGAGUUUCUUCAAUAGACAGCGGGGGGCACAAGAUCCACCGCAUCACCGGUGCUACUGCUUGUCUACUGCGAUUUGACUUGCAAGGAGACGUCUCGGUUGCUCCUUAUUCUGCUGCCCUGGAGAGGAAAAUCGAAACUGUCGCGAAGGCUUUUAGUGCAGAAGGAUUCUCCCUGACAUACAAACUUGAACGGUCUAUAGCAGAUGAGCUGAUGCGAUCCUCUUCUAUGGGGCCUGCAGAAACAGUCGCGCUGGUUCUUGCAACGCUGACUGUGUUGGUGUACACUGUCGUUGUAAACACCACGACGAGCUACAGGACAAAGACGUUGCCUGCCAUUGUUUCCGUCGGGUCCACUUUGCUUGGAUAUGCAGGAGGUGCUGGCUUUAUUUACUUCUGUGGAGUUGAACAUACUCCCCCUUCAGAUGCGACACCUUUCCUGGUUCUGGGUAUUGGUGUAGACAACGCAUUCGUGCUCUUGAAUUCAUAUUGCCUCACUUUCUUGCACGAUACACCCAGACAGCGGAUUAUCAGCACUGCAAGAGAUGCAGGCGUUUCCAUUACUAUCACGACGAUGACCAGCGUGGCUGCCCUCAUCAUCGGCGCCGUCUGCCCCUUCUUUAGCAUCAGCAAGUUCUCCAUAGUCACUGCUUUCUGUCUCGCCUGGUCUUAUGUGCUGGCGCAGACAAUUUUUCUCGGCUGUCUUUCCCUUGACGCCAAGCGGGAGGCCUACUUUACGCGCAAGGCGAGGGAAGCGGCAGCUGCUGCUAACAAAGAAUACCACCGACAAGGUGCCCUAAACCCGCUCAACUCGCCGCAUUCCAACCCCUCCGCCAAAUCGCCUCAGAGUCUUGAGAGCAACAGAGGCUCAGACUCCCUAGGCAGUCCCCUCAGCUGCAACAACGGAACAGCUAUGCUCACAAACUCCCGACAGAGGCUAGCCCCAUACAGCCCCACCUCAGCAGCUGCAGCGCAGCCGCUAAACCAAGCGACAGCAGCGGAGCAGCAGCAGCUGCAGCAGCGGCAGCGGCAGCAGCAGCAGCAGCUGAUUGACGCGGGAAGUUCAAAACCGCCUCAAGAAGUAUCUUCGUCUUCAGCUGUGGGGCCUGAAGGCCACUCGGUAGACAUGCAGGGGUGCGGGGGGCCUCUGAGUCAUCUUCAAGAAGUAGAGUUGUUGGUUGCUCUUAAGAAACUGUCCACUUAUGAAUUGGCAUCGGUAAUGACAUUCCGAAUGGAGCAUCUGUGGGACAGACACCGCGAGAUUGUUGCAGACUAUUUCCACAGGGAGGAUCCGGGUGAAAGAAGCAGAACACCCAAAAACAUCGGGAAUUUCUUCGGGCUCCUCCGUAAACAAGGAUCGACCAAAGUGGAACAAACAGAUGACCGGCAGCAGCAGCAAGCAGAACUGGAGCCGCCAAUCCGAGGCCCCUCCAUCGAAGCAGGAGCGCCACAGGAGGAACUGCAGCAGCAACAGCAGCAGCAACACGGUGGCACCGGCAACAGCCCAGCACACAGAAGACAGGGAGACAAUCGAUACCGUGUUGCCGCAGAAGAAGGCCAAGCGCAACAGGAGGCUCUUCUCAGGCAGGAGCAAGCGGGAGAGAGAGAAGCAGCAGCAGCAGAAUCUGAAGCUGCAGCGGCAGGAUCCGAAGAUGACGAAGAGGAAGAUUUUAUCUGCGAUCAAGCAGGAGAAGCGGCGCCUCGCGUCGUCCGCGUUCGCAUGGGGAGGCCGGCAGAUGGGAGCAUGUUGAUGGCAGAGAAGGAUUUUCUUGUUGUUUUAGACAAAUACAUCAACGAACCCAAGGGAAAUGUCGGCAAAAUAUACAGGAGAAUUCUCGGCAAAUACUACUGCAGAUUGAUGGGGAACAAGUGGGUUCGUCGUUUGGUUUUCUUCGGAUUUGCUGCUCUCGUCGGCAUUGCCAUCUACGGAGUUACCCGCAUGCGGACGGGAAUCACAGCAGAUGAAAUAACACCCACAGACUCCCACUUGAUUCCUUUUUUUGCGGAUCGCGCCAAGUAUUUUAGUUCUUUAGGGGAGGAGGUGACGGUGUUUUUUCCGCGGAGGGAGAACUGGUCAAGAAAAGAAGUAAAGGAGAGGCUUUUAGCCAUAAACAAAGAAAUGGCAGAGUCAGGGCACGCGUUGGCGCUGUACAACGGCAUGGCUCGCUUCUUAGAAGAGAAAAACGCCUCCUUAGAGGAUGGCAACGAAAAGAUGUUUUAUGAGGCGUUGUACUCGUGGCUGCAGGCCGAUCCUGUAGGCCGGCAGUUCCGCACAUCUUUUCUCUGGGAUAGACAAACAGCCAACUCUGAGGGCCCCCGUCUAGCGGCAUGGAAGUUUACAUACUGGUUGCCGCACAGCUUAGACGCAUAUUUACUGCUUGAUUGGUUUAAGCACACUCAAAAACUCAUUGCAGACUCAUCCGAACUCUUCGAAAGCUACGCCUUCACCCCUCUCGCGUUACUGUGGGAGAGCGACCCCUUCACCGUCAAAAGCACCGUCAACAGCCUUCUUUCUGCUCUCCUAGCCAUCAUUUUUAUGACGGUGCUGCUGAUACCUGAUCUUCUGUCUGUGCUAAUCGUGGCGCUGACAGUGCUGCUGGUUGACCUCUGUCUUUUUGGGUUUAUGACCCUUUGGGGCCUCCGCCUCAACUUAAUUACUAUGGUCAAUCUCCUGCUCGCAAUCGGGUAUUCCGUGGAUAGCACGCUCUUUCUGCUGCAUGCAUUCACACACGGUUGCGGAGCUACUCGGGAGGCGCGUAUGACUGAAGGGAUGCUGAUGAUGGGCUGUCCUGUAGCGAACGGGAUGUUGAGUACUCUUUUAGCCGUCUUCUACCUCGUUGGCACCACCAAAUUUGUAUUGAUUGCCUUCUUCAGGAUGAUGGUGCUGGUUUUGGUUAUGUCAUUUGGUUUCGGAAUGGUGUUGCUGCCUGCCGUGCUGUGCAUUAUCGGGCCCCUCCCCCCCAACCCCCCCGUCGUUUCUUACAGCCAAUUUAAAUCUACUGCAAGAAAAAUCCAAGGCCGCACAUUAGCAGCCCCAAGUGCCGCUCUGCCCAUAGAGGCAGAUGCAGCCAGUGCGCCAGCCGCUGCUGCGGGGACUGCUGCUGUGAAUGAUGCAGCAACAGGUCUCAAGAAAAUCGACUGA